UUGAUAACAGGUUUCAGUUUCAAGCUUCGCUCCGUCUUUCAGAUCAACCUCAUUGCUGCUCCACAUUUUGUCGUAACGACACAGACGCUUGAUCGAGAACACGGGCUCACUGCUGUUAAUGCAGCGCUAGAUGUUGUUAAGCAGACCAUAGAAAAAUAUGGAGGGAAAUUUUCUAUCAAAGAAGAGGCUCGCGUCGUCACCGAUGUUGACGAUAACGAUAUCAAGAAGAGGCUGGAGUUGGCUGAACUGGAGGAAGAGGAAGGAUCUGAUGAGGAUGAAGAUGAAAGUGAAGAGGAAGAUGACGAUGGUCUGGUAGCGCCGAAAGGACUAGAUCAACAAAUGGACGUUGAAGAUGCUCUUCAAGCA